AUGAUAAGGAUUGAUGUUUUUUCUAUUUUUAAGAAAAAUUUAUUUUAUAAAUCUAAGUUGUUGACAUCAAGAAAAACUAUAAGUUCAGAAAUAAAAAAAAAGAGGAAGAAAUGGACUCUUCCAUUACCUUCGAGUUUAAAUGAGGUACAAAAAGUAGUUUUAAAAAAAGAUUCAGAAAAUAAUCAAAAAGAAAACAAUUCAUUUCAGCAGUGGAAAAAACAGAAAAUAGCACUUAAAGAAAAGUUUCCUGAAGGCUGGAAUCCUUUAAAAAAACUUUCACCAGAUACAAUGAGUCAAAUUAAAACUCUCCGUCAACAAGACCCAGCAUAUACUGUUCCUGUCCUUUCAAAUAUGUUUAAGGUUUCACCUGAAGCAAUUCGAAGAAUUUUAAAAAGUAAAUGGGAACCGUCACCUGAAGAAUAUGCAGAUAAAUUGGCACGAUGGAAAAAAAGGAAAUCUCGUAUGAGGGAUAUUUGGAUGUAUCAAACGAGUAAAAAUGAUAAAAUUUAA